AUGUCUACAAAUACCAAAUACCGCACACCUCGCCCAAACCCACCCCCACAUUCAAAACCAGGUGCAAAGGACGACGCAGCUUCAAGCUCAUCCUCCUCUUCAGAUGCCGACGACCUCGAUACCUGUAUCAGUGUCCUUGGCCUCAGCAGCACCAUCCCAACCGUCCAUCCCCUGACGGUCGAAGGAACCUUCCCUUCCCUCGUUUCCACUCAACAUCUCGUCGAGGCGGCGGCUAAGAAGGGCAGCGUCGGCCUCAUCACAGGGCCCGCUACCGCCUUCCACCGAGGCAUGCUAUCGGUGUACACGUGCUUGAAGUCAUCCCCGCAGUACGUUCUUGACGACGUUCGCUUCAUGAUUAGCAAGUUUCUGGUCAGCCUAUGCAUGGACGGUUUGGAGCAGCACAUCGGGCGGCCUCGUCCAAAGUCCAGCCGCACAGAGGACUGCCAAGAUUACAUCGACAAGAUGGUGUACUACGUCAAAUCUGCGAUGCAGAGCCUCAAGGUCUUUCUCCGCGACUUGAAUGAAAUUGUUGCCGAAAGAAAUGUGGCAUCGAAGGCUCCAGUAGCGCCUUUUCUUUUCAGGAAGGUGGCGAAACCGUCCAAAAUAUCGUUGGCGACGUCGACGUCUGCCACAUUGGUGUCAUCAACCCCCGCGCGGGGCAAGGACGCAUCCUCUGUCACCGGUCUUCCUAUCCUUGCGUGCAUGGAGAAUAAAGAUAUCGCGCACCGCAAGACCUCUAGCUCCCAGUUCCUUCGCAAUUUAUUGAGGAGAUUCCGCAAAUCUAAAGUCAUCUUGCCAGUCACGUCUUCAUCCGUCACCCUCGUCACACUGCCACCAAUCAGCGGUACGUCGGCCAUCAAGGACGCUCUUCUCCCAGGUAAACCGAAGCAGCUUCCAGAGAUACCUUAUGAAUGUCGGAAUUCAGCGAUAUACUUCCCAACCGGCAUGGAUUUCUCUAACAUAGAUAUGCAGCGCCUAAUGCCUACCUACGAUGAUUCAAGCAUCCACCUCACUGUGGACGGUGCACUCAAAUCCGCAUCCCUUACUUCUCUCAUCCGUAUCCUCACCUCCCCAGAAGCGGGUCGAUUCCCUGACUUUACCCACACAUUCUUCGUGUGUUUCGGAUUCUUUACCUCACCCCAAGAAUUCCUGGACGGCCUCAUUGAACGGUUCCACGUCGGCAAAAAAUGGCAACGAGCCAGCCUUUCCAGCGACGAAUCUAAGUUGAUGGAGGCUCAAGCACAGGCGGUCCGCGUCAGCGUGGUUAGAACGUUGACGACUUGGCUAUGGGAGUAUUGGCGUCCAGAAACCGACAAAGUGUUGCUGCAACAAAUCAUGGACUUUGCCUCGCAAGAGGUCGCUGAAGUUGUCCCUGAUUUGUUCUUGGUGUGGGGCCUGGCUCAAGCGGUAUGGAAUAUCGAUAGCAAGAAGCAUUACCGUGGUAUCAAACUCGAAUCGCCGCUUGAAGUCCCUAUCGAAAGAACCCUCCCCGCACCGACCUGCUUCUGUAUUUGGGAUGGCAGCGAAAACACGCCUCCAAUCUGCAAAGUCUUUGAAACGGCGAAUGGGAGGGAGGAGUUCGUUAGACAGAUCACGGUCAAAGCUUCCCAGAUGUUCGCUGACAUCAACCCGAGUGACGCUAUUCGAUAUUGGGAGGCAGGAAAGCGAGGUUUCGACCGUGUUCGGCGCAAAAUCGACGAGUUCAAAACUUUCGAGCGGGGGGUCAUAGCGGCAGUUGUGACAUCCAUCCUUGAGAGCGAGAAGACCGUAGAGCGUACCAUCAUGUUGGAACACUGGCUGGACGUUGCGUCGCGAUGCAUUACUUGGAGAAACUAUUGUGUAGCGAAUUGCAUCUCCUCUGCAAUCCAAAGUACGUCCGUGUUUCGUCUGAAAACCACCAUCGCUCUGGCCAGCGAAGAGUCCAAGCGGAAGUUUACUGAACUAGCGGCCCUGUUUGUCCGCGAUGGAAACUUUGCAUCGUAUCGUGCCGCAGUUGCGGCAGAAAAGAAGCCUGCAGUGCCCCCUAUAUUCCACUUCGAGCACGACAUUUCCGCCAUCGAAGGCAUUUCUGAGACGGCCGUUGACGGUGAUGGUCAGAAGGCUGUGUUGAUCAAGUUCAACCAAGUAAGGACCAUCAUGAAAGUCUUGGCUUCUAUGCAGGAGUGCCGCAUCGACUACUGUCUACGUACCGACGACAAUUUCCAAGAUUGGCUAAAGCGCCACAUAGACAAGCUCCAGCUCACCCCGCAAAGCGAACAGGACCUCAUGAACGAACACUACGCCCUUAGCAAAUUGAGGGAGACUUCGUGUCCCCAGCUGCAGCAGAAAGGUGUCGAUGUAUGGUCCCACCCUAUCACAUUUUACUGGGCAGACUACCCUGGACCCUUCCGAACUGAGCGGACAGCUCCGUCCGUCCGAUCCUCCCGUUCCACCACACACAAACGCUAG